GUGAAAUCAGUCCAGGUCGCAAACUGAAGUUCUUAAGUUUCGACAAAGAUCCCGAGACCGGACGAGUGCAGAUUCGGUCCAGUUUCUUCAACAUCACUGUCCGGCCCGGAGAGUCCACCGACGUCCAGGUGGGCAGGGACGGCGACAUCCUCGACUUCAGCAGCUCGGGCGGCAAUGUCAGCGUGCAGGUCGGCCGCAACGGCAGCCUAGUGGACGUCCAGACCAACGGCAACGGCACCGACGUCACCGUGCCGGGCACGACCGUCAGCACCGGCGGGGGCAACACCACCGUGACGUCCGUUGGGGGCUUCAGCCUGAACAAGACCGCCAACGGCACCGUGGCCAAGGCGGGCAAGGACGGCGACCUGCUGAGCGUGGCGAGGUCCGCCGACGGCACCAGCGUGUCCGUGGGGAAGAACGCCAGCGUCGUGGGCGUCGUGUCCACCAACAACGGCACCGUGGCCAAGGUGGGCGAGGGGAAUGUGCUGGACGUGAGGACGGGGGGAGGCAACACCACGGUGGGCGUGGGGAAGGGCGGCCGCGUCGUAGGCGUCCGUUCUUCGGGCAACGGCACCGUGGCCAAGGUCGGGAAGGGGGACGUCUUGGAUGUGCGGACGGGGGGGGAGAACACCACGGUGACGGUGGGGAAGGAUGGGAGCGUCGCGAACGCGGUGUCGACAAGCAACGGCACCGCGGUGAAGGUUGGAGAUGGGGACGUCUUGGACGUGCGCACGGGCGGCGAGAACACCACGGUGACGGUGGGGAAGGAUGGGAGCGUCGCGAACGCGGUGUCGAUAAGCAACGGCACCGCGGUGAAGGUUGGAGAUGGGGACGUCUUGGACGUGCGCACCGGCGGCGAGAACACCACGGUGACGGUGGGGAAGGAUGGGAGCGUCGCGAACGCGGUGUCGACGAGCAACGGCACCGCGGUGAAGGUUGGAGAUGGGGACGUGCUGGAUGUGCGGACGGGGGGCGGAGACACGACUGUGGAGGUGGGAAAGGACGGCAGCGUCGUGGACGUCGAGGCCUCAGGGGACGGGACGGUGGCGACUGUGGGCGGCGGGGACGUGUUGAACGUGCGGACAGGCGGCGGGAAUACGAGCGUGUCGGUGGGGAGUGAGGGGAGCGUAGCGAACGUGCAGGCGUCGCAGGACGGGGGUGUCAGCGGGACGGUGGGCCAGGGAUUCCCACUGGUCCCGUGA